CACGUGUCAGAACUUUCGACCUAUCACACCAAUCGAAGAACGAUAGACAAAUCCCUUGAAAAUAACGCCGACCCACUUAUCGAUAUCAUAUCACAAAAAACAAAAACACGUCACGUAAUCCGGACGGAGGCUGCUGGGUAAAUCGCAGGCGGUGAAGCAGAAAAUCAAUAGAAUCGAGUCCGUGUACUUGGAGCCCCCAGCAGAUACCAAAAAAGGAGAACACUACCACCAGCCAUGAACACACAACUCGUUCUCUUUGUGGCGGCCCUCAUGAUGCACUGCAUCUCUGCCGUGGAAUUCACCUUUGAUCUGGCCGACAAUGCGGAGGACUGCUUCUACGAGGAGAUCAAGAAGAACUCGAGCGCCUACUUCGAGUUUCAGGUUUCGGCCGGUGGGCAAUUGGAUGUGGACGUCACCCUGAAGGAUCCGCAGGGCAAGGUCAUCUACAAACUGGAGAAGGCCACCUUCGAUAGUCAUCAGUUUGUGGCCGAGACGACGGGCGUGUAUACCGCCUGCUUUGGCAAUCAAUUCUCGGCCUUCUCGCACAAGAUCGUCUACGUGGACUUCCAAGUGGGCGAGGAACCGGCUCUGCCGGGUGUGGACGAGCAUGCCACGGUGCUGACGCAAAUGGAGACGUCCUCCCAGGCGAUUCACAAGGGCCUCAACGACAUCCUGGAUGCCCAGACGCAUCAUCGACUGCGGGAGGCGCAAGGUCGCAAGCGGGCCGAGGAUCUCAAUCAGAGGGUCAUGGUCUGGUCCUCCCUGGAAACGGCCGCCGUCAUCCUGAUCGGUCUCGUCCAGAUCAUGGUGCUGAGGAACUUCUUCACGGACCGAAAGCCCAGCCAGGCGCACUACGGGCGGCUGUAGAGGAUCGGGGUUGGUGUCGGGAUCUAGCUUUGUGUAAGCCCUUGGACGGAAAGGGAGCUCUCCGAUCUGUCCAAUCAAUCAUAAUCCCCCGAAAUGUUGUCAAUCUCGUCUUAGCCACAACGUAUUCAUUCCCCCUCCCCCUGAAGGGCGUUUUCUAUUCGGGAAAAAAACCCCCUAACGACAUGUAAUAUUUUUUUGUUAAGACCUCACCCGGAAAAACAGAGAAUGCUUUUUUUUUAAAUACAUGCAAAAGCAACCAUAACUCGAUAGCUAAAGGUAAACA